UCUUCCAGUACAUACAACAAACUGUGGGCUGAUGCCCAGGUCGAGUUGAACUCCCUUCUGGCUCAGGAGUUCCCUGCUCAGCCUCCUCGCCCAGAGAAGGACCGAGUGGUGUUCUUCCAACGCCUGGCCACCCUCUACGUGCGCUACGUGCAGAUCUUCAGGCAGCUGGAGGAGGCCUAUGACCAGGUGGUUCAUCCCCAGAAGAGGAAAGUAAUCCGGGAGGUCCUGGAUGGCGUGAUGGGGCGAGUGCUGGAACUUAAGAAUGAGAUGGUGGAGAAAGAGUUCUCUGAGUACCAUUACAUGGACGAUGUCAUCCAGGACUUGAAGCUCACGCCUGAGGACAUUGAGAUCCCCAUCCCUCGAUAUUUCCUCAGUGAACGCAGCAAGGUGUUGCAGGAGAGAGGGAAUAUGCUCUCCAACAUCCUCAACCUCAUGGAGGUAGUAGAGAGACCCAAGCCUGUAGGAGUGCGUGCACUGAACCUGGAGGAAGCCAUAAAGAUCAUCCAGGUGUCAGAGAGGGCCCGCCAGGGUCGCCUGAGGGCCAAGUUCAUGAGGGAGAUCCAGCGCGAUGAGGAAAGGCAGAGGAGGGCCAAGGACAGGGACCUGGGGACAGCGGCCAUCGACACGGCUGUGGUUCGCAUCCAGAAGGUGUGGAAGGGUUAUGUGCAGAGGAAAAAAACAAAGAGGGAGCGAGAGGAGGAGAUGAUAUUUUUGGGCAUGGCCAUGGAGCCCAGACACACCCAGCCCUGUCCUGCCAUGACAGCUGCCCAGGCCAACGAGGCCCGUCGGAGGGGCAAGCAGGAGGAGCACGAGGAGGACUACCAGAAGUCCAUUGUGGCCAUCACAGACAAACUCAGAGAGGUGGAGGGGCCCGACAUGAGGGAGACCAUGAAGGACCAGAUCAGACAGUGGUUCAUCGAAUGCCAUGAUGCAACAGGAACCUUCCCUGACUACCCAGAGGAGGAGGAUGGAGGCUCGACUCUCAUCUUUGCAGAGAAAACACCUCAACAGUUAAUGGAGGAACUAUCAGCAAAAGAGGAGGAGGACGCCAACAAAAACACGAAAGGAAAGGAGGAAAAGAAGGACAAAGGGAAGAAAGACAAGGGAAAGGGAGGAGAUGAGGAGGAGGAAUCUGGGCUAAAGAUGCUGCCAUCUGCUUUCCUAGGAGAACUGGAAGUAGGACAGAAGACCUUUGGUGAGGUGUGGCAGAAUCGUACCGAGUCCAAGAACUUCAGCCAGAGGCACGAGGCUGAGCUGAUCAAGGAGGAGAAGAGGAAGGAGAUUGAGGUGGAGAUCAGGUUGCAGGUGGACGAGCUGAUGAGGCAGGAGCUGGCUAACUGGAAACUGGCCGUGGAUAAAGAUAAGGGUGGCAAAGCCAAAGGAGGCGCAAAGAAAAAGAAAGGGUCGAAAAGUGGAAAGAAGAAAAAGAAAGACAAAGAUCUGACAGCUGAUAGGAAUAUUGAGUCUCUGUAUCAGGAACUGGUGGAACAGGGCUUGUUGAAACAAUCGGAUAACGUUAAACUGCAGGAUUAUUUAGGCGACUAUAGCUAUCUGGGGACGACGUUAAGACAAACUGACAUUGAGCCCAUGCCUUCGCUAUCUGACGUGAGACAGGUUAUAGCUCUGUACGCCGUCUUACCUUUAGGUUCUCAGGUGGUCCAUGAGAAGGCUCCUCUGGUGAAGGCCAUCCUGCUGGCAGGGCCCGCGGGCGUAGGCAAGAAGAUGCUGGUCCAUGCCAUCUGCCAGGAGACGGGCGCCAACCUAUUUGAUCUGUCACCUCUGAACCUGGCAGGGAAAUACCCCGGCAAGAGUGGCCUGGCCAUGGUGCUCCACAUGGUGUUCAAGGUUGCCAGACUGAUGCAGCCAUCAGUGGUGUGGAUUGGAGAUACAGAGAAAAUGUUUUACAAGAAAGUACCGAAGGAGGAAAAAGAGUUAGAUCCAAAACGCUUGAAGAAAGACUUGCCCAAGAUCCUCAAAUCUAUCAAAGGGGAAGAUCGUGUUCUAGUCGUGGGAACGACUCAUGAUCCAUUCAAUGCCGACCUCAAAUCACUAUGCAAGGUGUACAGCAAAAUUAUCCUCAUUCCACGUCCCGACUACGCCUCACGAUAUGUCAUGUGGAGGCAGUUGAUCAAGAAGAACGGAGGACAGGUGACGGCUGCCCUGGACCUGAGCUCCUUGGCCAAGAUCUCUGAUGGCUACACGCAGGGUCAUAUGGUGCAGGUGGUGCGCAGCAUACUGACGGAGCGCCGCGUCCAGCAGCUGGCCAAGAGACCCCUGAGUGCCGCCGAGUUUGUGGCCCCGCUGGCCAAGAUCGACCCUGUGUUUCAGGACGAGGAGGAGGCCCUGAAGAAUUGGUAUGCUAAAACUCCUCUGGGUAAGAAGCGAGCCAAAGCUGCCUCAGGAAAGGAGGGAGAGGAGGAGGCACCGACAAAGGGAGGCAAAGAUGCCAAGAAGAAAGGGAAGAAGUAA